AUGUCAAAUAAAUUAAUAGGAAACAAAUCGAUGCUACAAGAAUUCAAGGAAAAACGAGAACUUGAAAGGGCACGAAUCGAAGAUAAAUAUGAUAUAUUAGGAUUCAUUAGUUCUGGAACUUAUGGUAGAGUGUACAAAGCAAAGGCGAGACAAAAAAAAGAAACUUCUGAUGAAGACACGAAAAUUCCCGUCUAUGCAAUAAAGAAAUUUAAACCUGAUAAAGAAGGUGAUGUUACAACAUAUACAGGAAUAUCUCAAUCUGCAUGUCGGGAAAUAUCGUUAUGCCAAGAACUUAAACACGAGAACAUCAUCGCUCUUCAAGAGGUUCUUUUAGAAGACAAUUCAAUACACAUG